UCUGACAAAAUGAGUUUCACCUCCCAGCCUUGUUGAUAGAGGAGGGAUGUUGCACAUGGUUGAGUUUUGACUGGGAGUCAGGAUUAUAUUCAGAUUUUCUCACAUUGGACGGGACCUCAGCCUCAGCUUCACGUGAUUGAGACGCUGUCUGUGUUUUCAUGUUUACCACUGGCCAGAAUGAAGCUGUGAUGGGUCUGAAGCAGCAGACGUGUGCUGGAGCUCUACCAAACACAACCUUCAUGAUUCUUAAGAACACAAGCGCCUUUCUGCCACAACAUGGCCAGGAGUCACAGUAACGACUGGGGACAGCAUGACCUGAACAGAGUGUGCUUUGGCCUGAGUGCUGAUAUGGAACACAACCUGACGGAGCUUCAACAGCAGCAAAUGGCCAAGGAAUUUAACUCCAAUAUUUCCCUCCUCCAGUCUCCUUUCUACUCUGAUACUUAUCGCCUAACAUCUAAUAACAUACUGCGGCUCCAUGAGGGAGACCAGGUGGUCCCUUCUUCCCAGAGACGGACAGUAUUUGGGGGCCUCCAGAAAGAGGCCAAACCCCUGCCGCCUCUGCCUGACCCUGAGGAGCUCAUGUCGGAUGAAGCUGCUGAUAAUGAGGUGGAGUUUUUUACCAGUGACCGACGGCGCCUUUUGCCCAAAAGUUGCCCCAAGGCCGUGUCCAGGGGCAGUAACAGAGACUGUGGCCAAGUUAAUCACGCCUACCAGGAGAGCUCACUGCAGGCCGGCAGUUCUGAGAUUGGCUGUAUGGCUUUCUCCUGGCCAGGCAGAGAGGACAGACCCACAGGUAGAGGAGGUGGGUUUGGAGCCAGCAACUGGGCACCUGGUCUCCACAGAGAAGACCACCAACAUGUGGCCUCAGCAGCUGGGGAUCCUUUGUGUAGCAAACAGCCAGACCUACACCAGGCAUCUAGAUUUCGUUAUUCCUUCUCAGGCCCUGCUUUCCAGCCACACAGCAGCACCACAACCUGCCCCACCGACAAGCCUCAAAUCCCUCCUCGUAUCCCCAUCCCACGAAAACCUCAGGCUCUCUCACAGACUGUGAGCACAAACGAGGAAGACAAGCCUCCCAGAAUUCCUCCAAGGGUCCCUUUAGUCCCGCCCUGCCCACCACGUACCCCGAGCCCCAAAAGCCUUCCAAUUUAUAUCAACGGCGUGAUGCCUGCCACACAGAGUUUUGCUGCUAACCCAAAAUAUGUGAGUAAGGCAUUACAGAGACAGCACAGUGAGAGGUCGGCACCUGCAGCUCACUUUUCUCCCUGCAUUGUUCCCAUUCUGAAGGACGGCAGACAGGCCAGUGCCACACACUACAUCCUCUUACCGCCGGACCGACCGGCGCACACGGACAGACGGGGGACGCUCCUGAGUGAACCGACCAGGACGGGAAGCUCCAGUGUCUGGCAGCACAGAUAGAAAACCCUCACUACUGUCACUGACAUCAUGAAUAACCGUGCUAUACGCUAUACAGUGUGAGAAAACAUCUUCAUGCUACAUAUGCAUGUCCAAUGUCAUAUUGAUGUUAUUUUCAGUGACUGGUGGAGCACACUGUGAGGCAGCUUUUAGUGAUGUACCUCUAGUUCAUCCCAGAAAACAUCGUAACAUUCCAGGGUUUUCAUUGACAGUGGAGAAAUAUUUACCUCCUAUCAAGAGUUUCAGUUUUGGUAACUGGGACACAGGGAAAAUGUCUUCUCACUCAUUUAUUUGUAGGUCACAGCCACAUCGUCAUCGUCGCCAAAUGAAACGGAGCUGAUACUACAUUUCUUAGAAGUGAGCAAAUAAUUACUGUAUGUACGAGCUGGGCUUGUACAUGUGUUUUUGUGAUAAUGCUGCUUUAAAUCAUGAGUAAUAAUAAUGUAUAGACUUAAUGUUUUGCAGAAUCAUUCUCACAUUAAGAUGAUUUAUGGUAAAUGUGACCGUGAACAAUGUGGCCAAUAUUGGAAGUUUUGAACAACACUGAUAUUAAACAGUUCACCUGAUAAAACUCUUUCUUCAUAAACUGUCAGUGGAUUCUAGUCAGUUCCAGGAUUUAUGUGUAAGUGCACUUCAUUUUUGUUCAGCAGCUCUCACAAUCAAAAAGCUGAUCUUGUCAUUCAGUUACACCGAGCUACAUUCUACCUAACACUCUACAUGAUCAUUUCAGGCAUUGAUUCAUUCAAAAUAUUCUAUUCUCAUGUUCAGUGUUUAAUUGAUUCAAGGGUAAUCAAUGUCAAGAGACAACCAAACUCCAGAACAUAUGACUGAAACCUGCCGUCACUCUUACACUGAUUUGAUUGACAGGUCCUUUGAUACUGAAGAACAGUAGCCAAAAACUAAGUCAUUGUUUUAUGAUGCUGGUCAAGGUUUUACAUCAGCUGUGUUUACACAUUUGUAAAAGAGGCCCUCAUUUUCAAUUAUGAUGGGAUUACAAACACUAAUACUAAUCAUUAAGGUAAACAGUUUAAUAAUGUGUGUAAAUUUAGCUCGAAUACUGCAUACAUGGUCAAAAAUGUACAGGUUGGACCUUUUAAUGAUUCCUCCUGUGUCUGUGUGUGGGCAUGGAGAUCAUGUUACAUUUACACUGUUGAAGUGCAGACUCACAUUUACAGCCUUUGUAAUUAUACAGUGGCUUCUAAGUUCUCAUGAAGGUUGUGUGUGAUCUGAUCUGAGGCUGUACGUUCAUGUUGUGUCAAAAGUAAAUCAUUGUAAAAUUGUGUUUUUAAUCUAUUUAUAGAAAUAAAAUAACUUAUUCGUCCUA